CGGUAUCUUGCGAGCAUCGAGCAUGGGUGUCGCCGUGGCCGUCGCGAGCCAAGAGUUUGAUCGAUUCACGGCGCGAUGCCGCCUCCCUCUGGACUUCAUGGAGGCACGGCGUUGGCCUAAUGGGGCGCCGAUCGUCGUCUUCUCCGGAACGAAGGCCUACCUCUGCAAGGCCCAUGCAACGCGCCACGCAGCGAUCGCUUUUGACGCGUCCGUGGCGAUCCCCGCCAGUGCUGUCGCGGCGCUCCGCCGCAGCGCCGUGAAUGUGGCACCCUCCGUCGAUGUAGCACUUGUUGCAGCAAAGCUACAGCCAGCUACAACUGUCUCGAUGGAGCCCGUGGACAUCGCGCCGGACGCAAUCAAUCGCCUGUUGCAGAAUGGCGUGUGCCAGCGGCUCCUUCAAGAUGCAACCCGCCGCCUCAUUGUCCAGGAGUCGGCCGUUGUCUACCUACCUCUCCCGUCCUACGGUCCGUACGCGGACGCCGACGCGCUUUCCAAGAACCUAAAGUUUCGCGUCACAAGAACGGCCCCGGCUAACGGACCGGUUCGCAUCGUUCGCGCAACACGUGUCAACCUCUUUCGAGCUCAGGCAUCUGCGACCUCCGACGCCACGUCAGUCCACGCUCCGCUGCGUGCACCAACGAGCUCGUCGACAUCGAUUGGUGGUCUCGACAAAGAGCUCGCGAUGGUCGAGGAGCUCAUUCGGCUAGCCGUCGACCACAACGAUCUUCCUGCGCGCCUCGGCGUAGCUUUACCAAAAGGAGUGCUAUUGUCUGGUCCUCCAGGAGUUGGCAAGACGCUUCUUGUCCGCACUGCCACGCGCAAACUCCAAGGCGAAUGUCAUUUGCAACUGCACGUCAUUAACGGCGCCGAAAUCCUCUCGCGUGGCGUCGGUGAAGCUGAAGCAACGCUCCGCGCCAUCUUUGCUGAAGGUCGCGCCUUCACGGCCACGUCGCAGCGCCACGUGUUCUGCCUCUUCCUUGACGAGCUCGAUGCGCUCUGCCCCGCGCGCGAUACGAGUGCGCGAGCGCACAGCCGCAUCGUCGCGCAGCUGCUGACGCUCAUGGACGGCAUUGACGCCAAGGAUACAGCGCCUCGUGUCCUCGUCUUUGGCGCUACCAACCUUCCGAACGCAAUCGACCCCGCGCUCCGGCGUCCCGGACGCUUUGACCGAGAGGUGGCGCUGCGUCCGCCAGAUGCUGCCGCGCGGGAAGCCAUCCUGCGCGUGCACUUGCGCCAGAUUCCAUUGCCAGCGCACGUCUCCAGAGAUGACGUGGCAGCGCUCUUGGCGCCCAAAUGCAUCGGCUAUGUCGGGGCUGAUCUUGCGUCGCUCUGCCGGCAGGCGUGCAUCAUCGCGUGUCGUCGCCAAGAGACGUCCCGAACGCCGCCACCGCGCAUCCUCCGUUUCCUGCGCAACCAACAGUUCUCGGCCAUGUACUGGGGCUACUGCAGGUGGCCUUCGACUGCGGACGAAAAUCCCGAUGACGACGGCGCCUUUGUCACGCCUCAAGACUUCGUGAAUGCCAUGGCAUUGACUCCGGCGUCGGCGCUCCGAGGCGCGAAGACCUUCACGAAAGAAUCCUCUGCCACUGUGACAUGGGCAGAUAUUGGCGGCCUAGAGGAUAUUAAACUCUCGCUGCAGCAAGCUGUCGAGUGGCCACUUCAGUUUCCCGAGACGUUCGCGCGCCUCAAUCUCAAGCCGCCGCGAGGGAUCCUUUUGUACGGCCCACCAGGGUGCAGCAAGAGCACUAUCGUUCGCGCCUGUGCAUAUGCGUCGCACGCAACUUUUCUCACGCUCAGCGCCGCUGACGUCUUCUCGCCGUAUUUUGGCGACGCUGAAGCGGCGAUUCGCCAGGUCUUCCGAGAUGCGCGGGCGGCGACGCCGGCGAUCAUCUUCAUGGACGAAAUCGAUGCAAUCGUGUCCAAGCGGGACUUUGCCGAGGGUGGAUCUGGCGGCUCUGGCAUGGCUCUACGCGUGCUCUCGACGCUGUUGAACGAGAUGGACGGCGUUGAAGCCACCGAUGGAUUGCUUGUCAUCGGCGCUACCAAUCGUCCCGACAUGAUUGAUGCAGCGCUGCUUCGCCCCGGUCGCUUCGAUCGCGUGCUGUAUGUGCCGCUGCCAGAAGCUUCUGAUCGUCUCCACAUUCUCACGAUUCACACGGCACAUGCGCAACUGUCGGGCGAUGUCGACUUGAUGGCGAUUGCUCACAGCUCGCCGUACUUUAGCGGCGCCGAGCUCGAGAAUGUGUGCCGGGAGGCAGCGCUGCUCGCGCUUCGCGAAGACAUCACUGCCGACGCCAUUGAGAUGCGUCACUUGGUCGCUGCGCUGGCGUCUGUCCGCCCCGUCUCGACACCGGCGUCGAUCGCCCACUACGUUGCGUUCCAAGAUGCCAAGCGCGCUGGUUCCUAA